CGUUCCUGUACAGUGCGGAUGUUCCAAAACUUUGGCUUCGACGGAUUAACAGUGCGCUAGUACUCUGCCAGCCAUGGACUUUUCUUUGUUCUUGAUCUUUUGGAUAACAAGUGCCUAUUGCGCCGAAGGAGCAUUGUUUCUUCAAGUCUUCGAUACCCUCCCACAAGACAGAGAGGUAAAUCCAGGCGAGCUCAUCGUCAUCCCUUGUAAGGUCAGGAAUCGAAAAGGGGAGUGCGCGUGGUUAAAAGAUGGCGUCGUCGUGGGAAAAAUCCCAGGAAAAUACACAUUCAAUCGUGAGCCAGACGAUGGCGAUUGUGGCAUCACAAUCACGAACACUCAGCUUGAAGACGACGAUGGCCUGUGGCAGUGCCAGGUGACACAAGCUUCUCUUCAAGAACUUACACUUACUUCUCCGGAAGUAAAACUUACUGUCCGAGAAGCUCCUUAUCCCCCCAUAAUCGAAGACACUUCCAUUCGAAUAGUGCAAGGAGACCCCUUCACAGCGAGAGCAAACGAGCCCAAACGUCUUCAUUGUCUUGCACGUAAAGGCAAUCCCCCUGCCACAAUUAAAUGGUUUCUGAACGAUGUUGAGCUAAUAACAAACGUAAAUCAAUCUAAUAUGCGUGAUGUGGAGAAGCGGAAGACGUGGCAAGCUGUUAGUGCCCUUGAUAUGACCUUCACCAAAGAAGACAAUCACAAAGAACUCAAAUGCGUAGCUAUCCAUGACGCUUAUGACACUAAAGCAAAAGACAUUACGGUGAUUCUGGAAAUACUAUAUCCACCAGAGAUAAGUCUUGAGGGAAAACCUAAGGAAGAAAUUGUCGAAGGGAUGUCUCUAAUACUGAAGUGCCGCGCUGACGCCAACCCAAAAGCCAACAUUAUCUGGAGGAAAUCUGAGCAUUCCGGUAUCUACGACAUCAAAGACCAGAUCGAUUUUAAAUCCAUACGAAGGACAGACUCCGGUGUCUACAGCUGUUCUGCUAAAAACGAUAUUGGACAGAGUGAAGAGAUGGAAAUCACCGUUGAUGUAAAAUACAAGCCAAAAAUUACUGGACUUAAUCCAUCAUCUAGAACAACAGUCAGUUUAUAUCAAGGAACUCGUUUAGUUUGUGAAGCAGAAGGAAAUCCUCCACCUAGGUACUCAUGGCUCCAAAGAAUUAGUGGUGAUCCUGUUGUGUGGCAAGAAAGGACGAAUAAUGCGACGUUUUUCAUACAAAAUGUUACUUACAGUUUUCAAGGAAUAUAUUUGUGCCAAGCUUCCAAUACAAUUAAUGGAGUACUAAAUACCUUAAAAUCAGAGGAAAUAUUCUUGGAUGUUACUGGACCACCUCAGAUUUUAGCGGAUGCUUUUCCAGUUACUUCCCACAUGGUUGUCGACAAGGAUGAGAAUGCAGUAAUUGUGGUACAGUUUUGUGCAGACCCUAGGCCAAGAAAGACAUUUUGGGAAUGGGACAUGCUCCGGUUAGAAACCAAUUCAGAAACUGGACGACACAAAGCACUUGACAUUCACCCCAUUCAAACCAAAGACGACUGUUAUGAAGCUCGCCUAACAAUUUUGAACGUUGAAGGAGGAGAUUCUAAAACGUAUUCUUUGGUUAUUGACAAUGAAAAAGGUCGUGAAGCGUUUGCUGUAACCUUAGAAGUUAGAGAACCGUUUGUUCUUACCAUGUUAAUCGGAGGUGCAGUGAUUAUUGUUUUAGUUUUGCUGUGUCUUAUUGCCUUGAUGAUAUGCUUAUUCAAAAAAGAAAAAUGCUGUUUUAAUCAUGCAAAUGGUUUCAAACCUGCAUCAGAAAGCAUUGUAGAAAAUGGAUGUCCAGAAAAUGACAGAACAGACCUCACGUCAGCAAAAACAAUUCCAUAUUCUACGAAUACAACAAAGGCAAAAAUAGCAACAAUAGGAGAAGAUCCUUUCUAUAAGGAUGGUAAAAAGGCAGAUAGGAAUGAUAACAGGGAUGGCUUAAGUUUUGGAAGCAUAGAUUCAAGCGUCCUUGAACCAGAUCGCAGCCAGAUGAUUUCCACCGCUGCGUCAACCACAAACAGCCGAAUAAGAGUGCACCCACAAACCACGGGUAAUCACGACAGCAGCAGCAGCGUCAGAACCAGCUCGCACCGACAAGGGUACCAAAACCCUGCCGCGGAACAGGUCUACAUCUAAACUCAACUCACUUCCCGAAUCGGAAUGAAACUACCAUGUUCUAGUGUUUCGCUGUUGCCAUUUUGUUCGUUUGUGAAACAAAACCUAAACGGAAUUACGUUGCGAAUUCGUGAUGUGCUUCGUGUGAUGUGAUGUGUAACAUCCGGCAAGAGCUAAUAACGUCCUGGAUGUAACAUCCUCUUCUUUGUGUUUCGGUUUCCCUCGGGAUUGUAUAUAAUUCCAAAAAGAAGAAAAAACAAAUUGAGGCGAAUGAUUUCGCCGGCAAAGAUUUCCAAUGAAUCUAUUAUGAUAUUAUUCAUGCAAAUGUGACCUCUGAAGACUAUUAUGACACCGGGUAUGGAAAAGACAAAUCAGUACCACGUAUUUCUAUAGCCGCCAACACGGUCGCAUGUCCAUGUGAUUAAAGAACAGCAAGCAACCAAAUUAAAAAUGGAUUGCGUCAAAUCUAGUGAAUAAGAACCUUGACUUUUUUUAAGGACGAAAAAAAAUGUAAUAUUUAUUGGUUAAACAUUUAUAGAAUAACAUGUGAUUUGUUAAAAAAAGAUUUAGUAAAAUAUUUAUAAUUUGCAAAACUUGACAUUUUAAUGCACUGCUUCCUUCCCAUUUAGAACUAUUGUUAGUAAAACGGUUGUAAAAGAGCUACAAAAACCAAACAGAAGUGGAUUCGUGUAAAAGAUAUGUGUAGGGUAAAUUUGUUGUAAUAUCUGUAUUGAGCUAUUUUUCAUUUUUAAAUUAUAGAAUUACUGGAAAUUUUAUUAUAUUGUUGGAUUAAAACAUGUUGAUUGCUUACAUUAGCCAAUUUUAACUUUUAUAUUUAGUAAGAAGAUCUUUUUUCUCGAAGUAGAUUUAUUUUUUCACAUAAAAUUGUUUUUAAAGACAGAAAAUUGGACAUUUUGCAUUUUUAUAAGAAUUUCAUUAUAUAUAUUCUUAAUUGCAUUCACUACUGUGAUGCUGCAAUUUAUUCGAGUUUCUCAUUCCUUGAUCAAAAAUACAUUAUUUGCUUCCUUUGUACGCUUUUAUUUUCAUUGUUGGCGUCAAAAAUAAAUAAAUAAAUAAAUAAACUACAUUAAAGAAUGAACAGAUAAAUAAAUAAAAUGAAAAAAUAAUACAAUAAUAUAAAAAUUAAAUUAAUAGAUAAAAUAAAAUAAUAUAGAAAAUAAAUAAAUAAAUGAAAUCAAAUAGGAUUCGUUAUUAAAUAAGCAUAAUAUAUAAUGUCAGAUUUUGUAGAGUUCUGGUAAUGUAUACAUAAAACAUGAAUUUUCAUGUCCUCGGAGCUGUUUCCAAUCUAAAGAAAAACAUUAUCUCUGAUAUCAUUGCAAAAAUGCUCCAAAACAUUAUUAUUUUAAUGUUUUCACGAACUUUAAUGGAAAAUUUGUAAAAAAUACCGAAAAUUUAAUAAUGUAUUUCGUGUGUCAAAAGUAAUCACAGUAUGCAAAUAAUUCCAUCAAAAUAUCCAUUGGCAAUUCUGGAAAAGAUACAACUAAAUUUUUAUGUAAUAAAUGUAUAUUAAUUAACGUAAAAAUAUCAAUUAUUUUGUCCAAAAAACAUAUAAAAAAUACUACAAAUGCUCUGUAAAAAUUUUAAUUGUAAACAUCGAUACUUCAAUUGCAUUUACUCGGACUACUUAAAUUUAAUGAAUACUAUUAUAAAACAAGUUCUUUUUAAAAGUACAAUAUAUAGUUUAUCUAUUUCCUUAUUUCAAGAACAUUUAUGCGGAUAAGUUCAGAAACAUCAUCUAUUAUAUUCACAGAAAGGAGCAAAUUGAGGUCAAUCAACAAGAUUAAUAUAUUAUCUAUAUAUAUUUAUAUGAGAUCCUCAAAUAAUAACAGUAAAAGAUUUUUCUUUUUGCUCAAAGACAGCAUAUCAAAACACUUACAAUAAAUUUACAUUUAUUGUGUAAUUUUUCUGAAUUUAACUAUUAAUUGGAGUGAAAACACUGUUUAAAAACAUUCUGUUGACAUAAAAAAUAAGAAUUUAUAUUUUGGGUUUAUACAUUUUUUAUAAUAUUUUCAUGAAUGAAAAAAUACAUCUCUAUGAUGAAGAGUUUGAUACACAAUUCUCAAUUUCCUUUGUUGAAAACAAUUAUAGCAUGUUCAAAAGAGAAAAUAGUAUUAUAGAUAUGUGAAAGCAGAAUGCAGAUUAGCAGUGAGGCAGGAAAUUAUAUUUAUGUAAAAGGAAAUCCUUCGCGAAACAAACACCCUGGAUAUUGACCAGUUACGUGACCGUCACAGUAAUUAUUUGAUGUUACCAAGGGCAUAAAUUUGUAUUUAUGAAAGUUUGUAAUAAAUCAGUGAG